AUGUUCACAGAAGAUAUAACAGCAAUAGUUGUUGAUGUUGGAAGUUUAUCAUUAAAAGCAGGUUAUUCUGGCGAGGAUACUCCCAGAUUAGUGAUGCCAUCAUAAGUAUGCAUAAACAGAGAAUAAAAUUAAUAUUAUGUUGGUGAAAACAAAUUAAAUAUUCGUCAUGACAAUACUGAUUUAAUAUAUACAUACAAAAAUGGUUUAGUAUAAGAUUUUGAUGCUUUCGAGAAGCUUUUGUAAGAUGUAUAUGAUAAUUAAAUAAGAGUAUCUCCAAAUGAUUAUUGUUUAUUAAUGAGCGAGUCUUCAAUCCAUAAUACUGAAUAAAGAGAAAAAAUAUGUGAGAUAGCAUUCGAAAAGUUAAAUGUACCCAAUUUUUUUAUUGUAAAAAGUGGGGUUCUUUCUUGUUUUUCUUCAGGACGUUCUACUGCAUUAAUAUUAGAUACAGGUGCUUAUUCAACUUAUGCAAUACCAGUUCAUGAUGGAUUUGCUUUAUAAAAAUGUGUAGUAAAAUUUGAUAUCGGGGGAGAAUAUUUAACAGAUAAAAUACUCAAUUAUAUUGAAAAAGAGGAAAAGAAGGUUGUUUAACCUCGCUACGCUUUAUAAUUUGCAAAAGACGUACCAAAAAAAAUUGAGUAAUAUUUAAAUUUUCCUAAUACAUUACAAUCAUAUGAAUUAUAUUGUAAACAUCAAAUAGCAAGAGAUAUAAAAGAAAACAUUUGUAGAGUAGAUGAUAAAGGUUUAACAGUUGGAGAAAUGUAGCUAGAAAGAACUGAAUAUGAACUUCCUGAUGGAAACUUUAUUCAUUUUGAUACUGCUAGAAGCAAGUUUUCUGAAUAUUUCUUCUCACCGUUUGAAAAUAGUGAUAUGGCGGAAGAAGACAGUCUUAAAUUUAGAGGAAUGCAUCAUAUGGUAUUAGAAGCUAUAAAUUAAUGUGAUAUUGAUAUAAAAAGACAACUUUUUAAUAAUAUUAUACUUACAGGAGGAAACUCUUUACUUUCAGGUUUCAGCUCUAGAUUAUAAAAUAAACUUAAUGAUAUUUCUCCACCUAAUUCUAAAGUUAAAAUGAUUGCUUAUCCUUCUUCAGUUGAAAGGAAAUUUUCUUCUUGGAUUGGAGGAUCUAUAUUAGCUUCUUUGGGUUCAUUUUAAUCUCUUUGGAUUGGAAAAUAAGAAUAUAUGGAACAUGGUAAAAGUAUUGUUGAAAAAAAAUGUAAUUGA